UGGACGACUCGUGUAUUUGCCAUUGACUGCCUGCGUCGGCUCAUCACGGCCUGCACUCUUGAGGCUUCUCUUUGUUUAUCCAAUCUUCUGCAAUCAAGCCACCUCCCGGCCAAGUGUCUUGCCGAUCUGGCGCGUUUCCCGCCCGCUGAGUAUGCCCAUUUCGAUCUGACCUUGGCCCGUCGGUGGCAGGCCCUAUCGGUAAAGUCGGCUGCGACCGAAACAGGCUGUUUGGUAUUGCAUCUCCCCGACCUGGUUGGAAUGGCAUUUAUGGCGGCUACGUCUGACAAUGAUCGCCUUCGAGUGGCCGGGCUACUGGCUUUUCAGGACAUUAUACAGCGGUUUGCAAGAGUCGCGGAUCCGGAUUGUCCAGCUCCGGGUUGUCAUUUUGUUGCGUAA